AGGCGCUGGCAAAAGCACUUUGGGAAAUUUAUUGUUGAAAACUUCUGAAGAUGAAAAACCAACUUUCCAUGCUUCCGAUAGCCUUUUUUGCGAGUUACAAAUUGGGGACAAAAUUUAUAAUAUUAUCGACACGCCAGGGAUUUUUAACACUAACGAUCCCACUGAAGAUAUCUUAGAAGAAAUCGCUCGCACCAUCCAAAAGUGCACUUAUGGAAUCAGAGCCAUAUUAUUCGUAUUUGAAGCCAGCCGAUGGUUCACGGAUGAACAAAAGAAUACGCUCAACAUAAUAAAAACGUUUCUCGGAGAGGAGUCUCUUCAAUACAUGAUUUUUGUCUUUUCACAUUGUAACAAGAAGCAGACUGAGGAUCCAGAAUAUUUUAAAAAUUCUUGCUGGAAUGAACCAAUUAAGGCUUUCAUCAAUUCCCUUGAUAAUCGGUGGGCCAUUUCUCCAGAUGCGAGAUACUUUCAACCCGAUAAUCUCGUGUAUAAACAACGCCUCAAAGAAUUGAAAAAACAUAUCAGCUAUCAUAUAAAUGGAGUGUAUACAAAUGACCUUUUCGAAAAGGCUUGGAAAAAGCAAAAAGAAAAUGAAAGAAAAGAGAGAGAAGCAGAAGAGAAACGAAGAAAAGUCAUACUCUUAGUUGGAAAAACAGGCGCUGGUAAAAGCACUUUGGGAAAUUUAUUGUUGAAAACCUCUGAAGAUGAAAAACCAACUUUUCCUGUUUCUGAAAGUUUUUCAUUCGCUACUCAAAAAUCUGCUUCUGCAAGUUACAAAAUUGGGGACGAAAUUUACAAUAUCAUUGAUACGCCAGGGAUUUUUAACACUGAUGAUCCCAACAAAGAUAUCUUAGAAGAAAUCGCUCGCACCAUCCAAAAGUACGUUUAUGGAAUCAGGGCCAUAUUAUUAGUAUUUGAAGCCAGAUUGUUCACGAAUGAACAAAUAAAUAAUACGCUCAACGGAAUAACAACAUUUCUCGGAGAAGAGUCUCUUCAAUACAUGAUUUCUGUCUUUUCAAAUUGUAACAGGAAGCAGACUAAGGAUCCAGAAUAUUUCAAAAAUUCUUGCUGGAAUGAACCAAUAAAGGCUUUCAUCAAUUCCCUUGAUAAUCGGUGGGCCAUUUCUCCGAAUACGGAAGACUUUCCACCUGGUAAUCUCGUGCAUGAAAAAUGCCUCAAAGAAUUGGAAAAACAUAUCACCAAUAUAGAUGGAGUAUUUACAAAUUAUCUUUUCAAGAAGGCUCGGAAAAUGCAAGAAGAAACUGCAAGAAAGGCGAAAGAAGACGAAGAGAGAUUACAAAGAGAAUAUGAAGAAGAAUUAAUAAGUAAAGCUGAAAUCAUCGCAAAAGAGCGCUACGAGAAGCAGAAGAAAGAAUAUGAAAAAAGAAUUCUUGAGUAAAAAAAAAGGAAAUUACGAGUAUUAAAGCGAAUUUCAUGAGAAAGAUCUUCAACUAGUGACAUUUCGCCAAAAUAUUUAACGUAUUAGGAUUAAGAAUUUGAGAAAUCUGAAAGUAUGAUUCAAACAAUGAUUUUAAAUGUCUAAGACUCUUGUCAGGACUUAGGAUCGUGAAUAUUACCUAUUAUUUUGUCUGAUCUUAAUAUUUGGAAAUGACUGACACAUUAUCCAAUUAACUAUCCACUUAAAUAAAAUAAUAAAAUCAUUAAAAUCUUUUCAA